GUGAGCUGCAGACCGUCUACAAUUUUUACAAAAACUGUAUUAAAUAUCGUAUUGCUUUUCGUCGGUUUAAUAGACUUUUAUUUAAUUAUUAUAGCAUUUUCCACCAUCGGAGGACGUCCGAGUCACAGCAAGAAAACAGGCAACCUGUCGUUUUUCCCUUCACCAUCUGCUCAGGAAUAUUAAUCGCAGUAAAGGUUUUGCAUCGCAUUUUCCUGACAGGAUGUCAUCUGGAAAUGCUGCGUCACACGAAGGCAGUCAGCCCUCUCUCGAAUCGAAGACCGAACCUUUGAGGAUUGUACUGCUGGGCAGGACUGGGACGGGCAGAAGCUCCUCAGGAAACACCAUCCUGGGUAGACCGGCCUUCUGGGUUGAGCUGUCCCCCUCUUCUGUCACCGCAAGGUGCAGGAGACAGACCGGGACAGCAGGCGGUCGGAGUGUCUCGGUAAUCGACACCCCAGGGUUCUUCCAUACAGACCUGUCCCCACAGGAAGUCAUGGCCGAGGUGGGCCAGAGCGUUAGCUUGUACUCCCCAGGACCCCACGUGUUUUUGGUGACCCUGCAGCUAGGCAGGUACACCCAGGAGGAGAGAGAGACCUUGGAGUGGGUCAAGGCGAUGUUUGGGGCUGAGAUAUCCAGAUUCGCCAUGGUCCUGUUCACCUGGGGGGACCAGCUCCGAGGCAAAUCGGUCGAGUCCUUCCUGGAUGAGAGUCCGGAGCUGUCCGGGUUUGUCAGCAGCUGCCAUGGGGGGUAUCACGUCUUUGACAACAGCAGGCAAGAAGGGACGUCGGAGUGCCCAGAGCAAGUCUUAACCCUUCUUAAAAAGAUUGACGAGAUUGUUUCAAACAACCGAGGCAGCUGGUACAGCAACGUCACGUUCAAGGAGGCUGAGAGUACAAUUAGGGAGGCGUGGGAGAGGAUACUGGAGGAGAGAGGACCCAAACUUCAGGCGUCUCUCAAGGAGACUGAAGGAAAGGAGAAAGCAGAAGACUUGGAGAGAGCGAGGAGAGAGGAAGAGGAGGCCAAGAAGAGAGCCGAGAGGCUGUUCUGGUGCGAGCUGCUGACUGCACUGGGCAGAGGAGCAGCGGAGGGGGCAGGUAUCGUGGGAAAGGACAAGAGCAAACCAGUGAAGAAGGCGAAGGUGGUGGAGAAGGCGAUGGGUCUGGCGGUGUCGCCGCUCUCCAUCAGGUCCGCUGCGAAAGUGCUGGAAGGAGCGGUGAAAGAAGGCGGCAAGGUACUGCAGAAACACAAAAAAACCCUGCUGCACUGACGGACUCGCCGACGACAUGCUGGUUUGAGUCUCUGAAUAAAGAUGGACAACCUUUAUUAUCACAAAGACGUGAUGUGUUGAAAGGAAGACUCACAACAGCGUUCUGUUGAUCACAUCAGAUACUUUCAGUCUCUACACGUCUUAAGAGCACUUUAAGACCGGGAAGUAGUGUGAAUGUUUCUGAAAACAAAACAUGACCAGAUCUUUGAGCUAAGAGAAUUCCUCAUGUAAUAAAAGCAAAAAGUGGAUUUCUGAUUUCAUUGACUAACACUUUUGAAAUUACAAUAGAAAUGAGAAAGUUUAAAGUAAAACACUGCAGCUUCUUUGGCUUUUCAUAACAAUAUGAUGUUAAGCCCUUUUUUUUUACCCCCCCAACAACAACAAAAAAGAACAAUUACACAAGACAAGGUAAACAAGAAAUCCAUAACCGUAACAAACUUGGCAAUAGAAAAUACAGUAAGUUAUUCAGGGAGUGCCUAUUAAUACAAUCUGUGAGAAAACAAAACAUUGGGGUUUUCACAUGUUGGACAUUUGGUGACGUUUAGUUUAGGAACCUCUCACGAUUAAAGCUACGGUCUACCUGAGUGCUGAAAACACCGGCUGAAACAACCUACAAGUUUGUUUUCGUGCGUUCGACAUUCAAAACCGUUAGUACAAAAAAAACCAGGCUGGUUAUUUCAAAGAGCUCCAGAGUCGAAAGCAGUUUCUGAAAAAGGAAAUGUUGGGAC